CGGGGCCGCUCCGCCGCCGUCUCCGCUUCGCCACCGCUCCGCCGCCGCUCCGCCACCAUGACCGUAACACGGCUCGACCAGGGCCAGCGAUACCGCCCGCGGAUGGCCUUCCUCAAAAAGAUUGAAGCACUUAUGAUGGAGAUGCAGAGUCCAGACACAGGCAUCAAGACACAGACACAGACAGUGACGAUUGCCACCAUCCCACAUGCUGUGACAGGUAAUGAUAUAUUGCAGUGGAUCCUUCAGCGCUUGCAGAUCACUGCAGAAGAGGCACUCCACCUGGGAGACCUGUUUGUCAAAUAUGGAUACAUCUACCCUCUUCAGGAGCCAAAGAACCUCACCCUCAAGGCAGAUGGCAGCCUGUACAGGUUUCAAACCCCCUAUUUCUGGCCCGUGCAGGGCUGGGCUGCUGAUGACACAGACUAUGCAAUUUAUCUGGCAAAGAAGAACAUUAAGAGGAAAGGGAUUUUGGAAGAAUAUGAAAAGGAACAUUACAACAUGCUCAAUCAAAAAAUAAACUACAAGUGGGAUUUUGUCAUUAUGCAGGCCAAGGAGCAGUAUAAGGCAGGGAAGGAGCGGAAGAAGGAGGACAGGUACGCCCUGGACUGCCAGGAGAGAGCCUACUGGCUGGUGAACAGAACCCCCCCGGGCAUGCAAGAUGUCCUGGAGUACGGAGUAGACCGUGUUACUGAUCCCAAUGAAAAUAAGAAAAAUACUAUGGAAGCUUAUAGGAGAGAGAUCAUGUACUAUCAGCAGGCCAUUGGGAAGACCAGAGUGAAAUCUUCUGUCUCUCUUGGAGGGCUUGUGAAGUACUCUGAGCAGUUCCUCUCCAAUGAUCCUAUCCUGUCUGGAUGCCUCCCCAGCAACCCCUGGAUAACAGAUGACCCUGAGUUCUGGGAUCUCAAUGCAAAGCUGGUGGAAGUCCCCACCAGGAUGCGCGUGGAGAGAUGGGCCUUCAACUUCAGCGAGCUGAUCCGAGACCCCAAAGGGCGGCAGAACUUCCAGCUCUUCCUGAAGAAGGAGUUCAGCGGAGAGAAUCUGAGUUUCUGGGAAGCGUGUGAGGAUCUCAAGUAUGGAGACCAAUCCAAGGUCAAAGAAAAAGCAGAAGAAAUUUACAAGCUCUUCCUGGCUCCAGGAGCACGGCGCUGGAUUAACAUCGAUGGCACAACAAUGGGCAUCACAGUCAAAGGCCUCAAGCACCCUCACAGAUAUGUUCUAGAUGCUGCUCAGACCCACAUUUACAUGCUGAUGAAAAAGGACUCCUAUGGCCGCUAUUUAAAGUCUCCAAUAUACAAGGAAAUGCUGGCCAAGGCUGUUGUGCCACAAGAGACUGUCAAAAAAAGCACCGGCCUGUUCGGGCGCCGCCACCUCCGCUCCAGCCCCAGCCCCAUCAUCCUGAGGCAGCAGGAGGAAGAGGCCAAAGCCAGGGAAGCCGCCGCCACCGUGGACAUCACGCAGGUCAUGAGCAAGCUGGACCGCAGGAACCAGCCCCAGCCUCCCAAGUAGGCUCUGAGCCCCGCAGGGCACAGCGCAGGGAAAAGACAAGCCGAGGCCGGUGUUGAGCUUCGUCUCCCCUUCCUGAAGGUGUCAGUGCUGCUUUAGGUUUCCCAGGCCGGCUCUCUGCCGUCAGCCGGCUUCCCGCACGUUGCCAUGGCUUCUGGAGAGCAGAUGUCACUUCCCAGGCGUGCCAGGCAGGGAGUGCUGGCAGGGCCGGGCUGCUGCCUGUGCCAGGCUCGGGGGGCAGGACCCCGGCUCCCCCCACACACACCUCGGAGGGGAGAUGACUUCUGGCUGUCCCGAGAUUCCCCCCGGGAGGCUGGGUAGCCCAACUGCCUCUCCCUGCCUCCUGCUCUUCGGGGAGGUGGGAUGGCACCCAGUAAAGUGCUGCUGUCCCAAUCCUUUGGGUCCAAACCAGCCUUCCUGGGAGCAGAGCUGGAUGACCCCGAGGGGAGCAGGGAGAGGUGACCCACCUCAGAGUGUCCAUGCUGGCUCCCAUCCCCUAGGGGGAUGUGCACCCUCCCAAGGGGUGCAUCUGGCACCCCCUGAGAGGAGCACACCCCUCACUCCAAGUAUCCUGCACCUCCCAGCUAAUGCAACAGGAGCCCAGGCAGAAGAGCCAGGGAGGCUCCCUACUGUGAGAUCAGCAGCAUGAGCACUCCUGAAGGUUUGGUUGACCCUUUGAAUUUGAAUGUCACUCCCAGAUCCUCCCAGCACACUGGAGAUGAUCAGUGGGAAGCUCUGCUCUCCCUGUGCCGUGGGCUGGGUGUGCAGGUGCAAAGAGCCACCCCUUGCCAGAGCCUGCACGAGACCCUGAGAGAUUUUAUCAAAUCCUUCCCACCUCUUGUCUUGUCUUUUUCCUGCUCUUCUAUUUUGUCUUGUUAAAAAACCCAACAGGAGGUAGUUCCAAUUGUAGCCCAGAGGCAAGAGAGGACAGGGUAGAGGUGUUAAGAGCUGAUUUAAACUUUAAGUAGUGUUUUUCUUUUUAUUUGCUCUGUCUCUUUUGCUCUGUAGAAUGAGGCAAACUAAAAUACUAUUUUAGUGCUAAAGGGCUCGGGGAGAUUCCAGGCUUUGCUGGGAAAGCACAGCAUGUCUGGACCAGGCCAGUGAUUACCAGAAGCGCAAAGAUUCCUGCAAAGCCCAGUAAAGGGAAUUGGAGGGGCAGAAAAUCUUCCUUGUUUGUUAAAAUUUUAGGGAAGUAGAGGGACUGUGUGGAAGCACUGAGGUAUGGGAAGCUGCUUCUCUCUGGUUUUUAUUGUUCAUCCAUUUUAUAUACUGGUAGGAUUUCACAGGAAAUGGGAGAUCAUAGGAUCAUUGAAUUGGGUUGGAAGGGACCUUAAAGAUCAUCUCCUUCCACCCCCUGCCAUGGACAGGGACACCUUCCACUAGACCAGGUUGCUCAGAGCCCCAUCCAGCCAGGCCUUGGACACUUCCAGGGAUGAAGCUGGAGAAAGCUGGAUGGGAAGGGGGCCCUCAGAUAAUGGGAUGCAUGCAGACCAGCCCCUUGGAGCCCUGGGGUCCAUGCAGGCCAACUGCCUGUGAACAGGGGGACAGUCAGGAUGUCACUGUCCCAAAACAGCCUGAACAGUGACUCCUGCCCUCCCCAUGUGUGUUACCAGGGGCAGAAUCAGGGCUGCACAAUCUGAUCUGGUGUCACUGCAGAACUCCUCUCCUUCACUUGUGGCUGAGCCAGGGAGAUUUUCCUGACCUUCAUUAACCUGUCGGUGAUAAACCUUCUUAGAGGAAUUGAAACCAAGUUGCCCAAGACUUUCACUCUGAUGUCAAGGCCUGUGCUGUCUCUGCUCUUACUCCUGGUGGAAGCAAAGGCACAUUUUGCAAUGCUCUGCAGGGGAGCAGGAUCAGCCUUUUCUUUAAUUCCUCUUAAAACCCCAAGGCUUUGUUAUGUCAGGUGCUGAGCACCAUCAACCUACCUUGACAUAAGAGCACUGAAAGAUACUCCAAAACCUGGCAGGGUUGGUCCAAAGCUCCUUGGCUGUGAUGAGCCCUACAGUCUCUUCAGAGUUUGUGUAACAUGGAGCACUGAGCAUGUUGGGAUUGCCAGUAUGUAGUAACAUGUGGAAGAUCAAGUCAGGGUAUAAAUAAUAAAUAACAAAUCUGUGUGUUCCAGUCAGU